UACAAAAUGGAGAACCAAGCAAGCGAAUCCAUAGCUGAGCUCUUUGCAACCUGCAGCGACUUCUGCCGGCACUUACUGCGUCUUGUAACCCACAUGGCAGAUUGUAAUAAGUCAAGCCCAUGCAAAAAUUUUCAAGUUGACGUUCAUAUGCAGAGAUUUGCUUGCAUCAUUUCCAGCCAAUGAAUGUCUGAAUGUAUGGAGUCCUUGCAUGUCACCAAAUUUGGAUUAGAGAAAUGGGAAGAGAAAAGCACAAUCCAGAAUGGAAAAGGAAAGGAAUCCAUAAGUUGGGGGUGCAAUUCCCUGGCCAUUGCAAGGUCGUCAAGUGUCUUGGGGCAAGAUACUGAACACCCAGUUGCUGCGGAUGCUCCGUCAUCAGCAGCUUGCUCAACAUGAUCUUAAACCGUCUGCUGGUCGCACUCAGCACUUUGGAGGGAUGUGGGUGCGCACCGGAGUCCCACUUGCAUCCAUCACCUCCUCGGACAGUUGGCAGCAUCCAACCAGAGUGGAACUGAGACUUUUACGCACUGAUCUUGGUCCGCGAGUAAAGAAGACGCUUUAAAAUACAGGAUUUCUACUUUAUUGGUGGUGGUGAGUUACAGAGUGAAAAUGAUGAUCCUCUAUAGGCAUCGCAGUGGAAGCGUGUAACACGAUGAUCUUAUGAUGAUCGAUUGCGUUGAAAAAAAGGAUGCGCAAAUUUACGCACGGACUCAAAGGAUUUAAACGGGUGACACACCUUGGAUUGUGAUGACCGAGGCUUUGGUUUGUGAGUGCUUUGCCAGCAUGCAUCUGCAUCGCGCGCACUGAAAUUGACGCCAUCUAUCUACUCAUAUUCCAAGGCAAGAUUAAGAGGAGAGAGGGAAAUGAGCGAAAGCUGCAAACCAGCCAAAGAGCCCGGCUCGGCGCAGAGCCCUCCAUCGGAUGUCAUCGAGCUGAACGUGGGUGGGCAGGUAUACUACACCCGCCACGUCACACUGACCGCCUUCCCAAAUUCCCUACUCGGGAAGCUGUUCUCCAACAAGAAGGGCUCUUCCAAUGACCUGUCCCGUGACUUUCGAGGACGUUACUUCAUUGACCGAGAUGGCUUUUUGUUUCGGUACGUAUUGGAUUACCUGCGGGACAAGCAAGUCGUCCUCCCGGACCACUUUCCCGAGAGGGGAAGGUUGAAACGGGAGGCGGAAUACUUCCAGCUGCCAGAUUUAGCCAAACUUUUAUCGUCUGAGGAGUCCAAACUGCUCCCGGACGACCACAGCGAUUUGGACGAUGCGUCCGUGGGCAGUGAGCACAGAUUUUACCCGUCUUACUCUUUAGACAGGAGGUACGGCUACAUCACAGUGGCUCUGAGAGGAGCGGCGGGGGGCAAAGAAAGCGAGCCCGACCCCAAGAGUAGAAAGUUGCCGAGGAUCUUCAUCAGCAGCAGGAUUGCUUUGGCCAAGGAGGUCUUCGGAGACGCGCUCAACGAGAACAGAGACGCGGACCGACCCCCGGACCGCUACACGUGCAGGUUUUACCUCAAGUUCAAGCACCCGGAGAGGGCGUUUGACAUGCUGUCAGAGAGCGGCUUUCACAUCGUGGCUUGCAACUCCUCCCUGACUGCCUCCUCUGUCGCUCAUUACGCGGACGACAGGCUCUGGUCCAAUUACGCGCAGUACAUCUUCUACCGUGGACCCUCACGGUGGUCGUCGUCCCACUGCGACUGCUGCUGCAAGAGCCACAAAAGUGAGCGCGAGGGAGAAAGCGGCACUUCCUUUAAUGAGCUCUCCACUUCCUGUUCCGAGACCCAGUCGGAGGCCAGCUCCCCUCAGGGGACCGUCAUCCGUGGCCCAGUGAGUCGACGCCCCAACAUCCAGUCCUUGGACCGACCCAUGCACAAAGGUCCCGCCCACAUGAUGCAGCAGGCAGAGAUGUGGCGUAAGACUGACAUGCUGCGGGGCCGGACCUUUGGAGUCCGCGAGCGAGAGGCUGCCAAGAGGAAAGCCAAUAAGGAAAAGAUGACACCUGAGCAGGAGCUGGAGAAAUGCAUCCAGGACUUCCGUCGCAUUAGGAUUCCCGAUCACUUUCCGGAGCGGAAGUACAUGUGGCAAUCGGAGCUCUUGAGAAAAUACCGUCUCUGAGGAUGGAUGUGCGGGACAGGUUAUAAUGAGCACCCACAAUGACACAGUGUACUAUUAAAAUUGAUUACGACCACCAAAAAGAGGAGCUUCAAAUUUCAAAAUGCUCUGUAUUCAGUCUUAAAACUGCUCCACGAUAUUGUGCAUCCCCACUGAACGUACACAAGCACACAACUGUGAUCUGUGGUGAAACAGAUCUCUCCCCUGUUGACAUUCUAAUGUAUCUGUCGACCUCUCGAGAGGGUCCAAUGGAAACUGUGCAUCACAAGCAUAGUUCAUUGCGAGCACUAUUUUUAGCGAGAUUCUGCAGGGUCGCACACAGUAAGUACAAUGCAGUGUGAGUCAUUGAUUUGUAAAGUGUACCACCGUGUAUGAUAAGCACACGUGUAAAUCAGGUUACUCCUGUUGGGGGGCUCCCUUCAUCGUGUCGGAAGCGAUUUGAAGCAACAAAGCAACCUCAGGGGCAACAUCUUGUCCAGCUACCACAUUAUCGAUGUGCUCUUGUCCCUUUUCUCACUUGCGGAUGGUGCUUUGAGUUCACAAUGCUCCACCGAUAACACAAACUUGUAGUAGGCUUUGACAACGGCACUGCAUGUCAUUUCACUCUUAUCAUAAUUAUGCAAUAUCACAGAAGAUGGUGUGGUCAGAUGAAGAAAGCACUGCCUGGUUCUGUCUCCCAAUGGAAAACAUUUUGUCUCAUGUCAUUGUGUGUUGCAUUGAUGAUGAUGCUGUGUAUGUAACGCAAGUGGCUAAUCUUGGAUUGUAAGUGUGAAUACAAGCAAAUAAAAGGGUGACAACUGAA